AUGGAGAACGUACGCGCAAUUGAUACCAAGUCGAUCCAUCAGGUAUCCAACCAUGAAUUCCAACCCAAUACAGAGCUACAGGAUGGACUAUGGCUCCGGUUCCUUACGUAUACCAAGUGGUAUCCAAAGGACAUGCCACACCCGGAGAAAAAGCUGGUGCUCAAACUGGAUAUCAUGAUUCUAAUCUUCGGCUGCCUUUCAUUCUUCACCAAAUACCUUGACCAGCAGGCGAUCACCAAUGCCUAUGUGUCAGGCAUGAAAGAAGACCUCAAUCUGCACGGCAACGAAUUGAACUACAUAACAGCGGUAUUCUGGGCCUCGUAUUGCACCUCCAUGAUACCGGCCUGCUACUUCCUAACGCGCACGCGGAUCAACAUUGCCUUGCCGACUCUGGAAAUAGGAUGGGGACUAUUCACGUUUGGCUGUGCGUGGGCGCAGAAUCUAAAUACGAUAUACGCAAUGCGCUUCUUCAUCGGGAUCUGCGAGUCUUGCUCCUUCACCGGCGUCAUCUAUGUCAUCGGCUCGUGGUAUAAGCCCGGGGAGGUGACGCGGCGGGUUGCGCUUUUCUUUAUCGCUUCUCCACUCGGGACUAUGUUCGCGGGAUACUUGCAGGCUGCUGCCUAUACGAAUUUGGAGGGGAGGCAUGGAUUGCCUGGGUGGAGAUGGUUGUUCAUUAUUUGCACUAUUAUCACAAUUCCUAUUUGCAUUCUUGGAUAUAUCGUUUUCCCAGAUGUUCCUCACCGCGCAAAGCCACGGUUCCUAACUGCGACCGAGCACGAUAUUGCCAAUAUUCGUCUGAAAGGUCUAACAGCGCCGAGCGAGCUGAAAGUCUCCCGGGCCAUCUUCAAGCGAGUCUUCGGACGAUGGCAUUGGUAUGUCUUUGUCCUGCAUUGGACCUUAAUGGAUCAGAACUUCACGCCAUACUCGACGCCCUUUAGCCUCUAUCUCAAGGCCAAACCAGACGUCUACUCCGUCUCACGGGUGAACACGUUGCCGACAAUCGCAACGGCGCUGUCUGUCGUAGCCGCACUAAUAGCAGGCGUUACCGCCGAUCGCCUGCGAAACUUUUGGAUUCCUUCGGUGGCGACCAGUAUUCCUGUCCUGGUGGGUGUGGUUUUGCUCGUUGUCUAUAAUGUCGGCGAAACGGGGCGACUAGCGGGGUUUAUCCUCACGGGAUUCGAGGGCGCAAUUAGUCCGCUCAGUAUGAGUUGGGCGACUAUCACCAUGGCCAAGGAUGCCGAAGAACGCGCUAUCGUCACGGCAAGCAUGAAUGCAAUCGGCCAGGCCAUGGCAGCAUGGACACAGAUAUUUCAGUAUCCGGCUGUUUCUGCCCCAGACUUUCGAGCGGGAUUCAUUUCGAAUUUGGUCACCACUGUCGCACAAUUCCUGAGUGUUGGCCUGAUCGCCUUUCUGGCGAAUCGCGACGCGCGAAAAGAGCGAUUAAAAGGACUCUUGAGAGGGCAUACAUUUACAAUGGCCCCUCCCGUCGCGUCAGAAGUCGUUUCUGAGCAAGUCCAAGAUGACUCUCAAACUAUCACCAGGUCUCGGACUUCAUGGUACCGCUCUAUCCCCUUCCAGAUCGCCGUGGCUAGUGGUGUCUCAUUCACUGCCCCUGGAAUGUGGGAUGCACUGAACAACCUCGGAGCAGGUGGUGCCGCCGAGCCCUACGCUGUUUCCGCGGCGAAUGCUUUGGUCUACGGAUUAUUUGCCAUUGUUUGUAUCGCCGCUGGUGCAAUCAACAACCGUAUUGGUCUACGCUACGGUCUAGUUCUCGGUGCGAUCGGUUACCCGAUCUACGGUGCCGGUCUGUACACCAACACCUACCACACCACGACAUGGUUCAUGCUCUUCGGCUCCGCCCUGUGCGGUAUCUCAGCUGGAUUUUUCUGGGCUGCCGAGGCCGCUAUUAUCAUUGGUUAUCCCAGUCCCAAGGAGCGCGCUUUCUACAUCGCUGUCUGGCAGACCGCGAAAUCUUCUGGUCCGAUCGUCGGUGGUGCAAUCAGUCUGGGACUGAACGCACAGACGGCCGGAAAGGGAACGAUCAGCGCUUCGACUUAUAUCGUCUUCAUUGUCAUUAUGUGCCUCGGUCUGCCCAUUUCGCUCCUACUCAGUCCUGCUGAGAAGGUGCAGCGCAAGGACCACUCUCUUGUGGUUGUGAACAUGAAAGAGAGUUGGGCCAAGGAAUUCAAGGCUGCCUUUUCUCUGAUCUUCACUCGCCGUGUGCUCCUCCUCCUGCCAGCCUUCUUCAUCAGCUACUUCUACAACGGCUUCCAGAGCACAUGGCUGACCACCUACUUCACCGUGCGAUCUCGCGCAUUCUCAUCUUUCCUCACCAACUUCGCCGGAAUCGCGUCUUCGUUCAUCAUGGCGCUGCUGCUUGAUCGCCAGACCAUCUUCAUCAAGACCCGCGCCAGAAUUGCCUUCUGCUCCGUCGUUGCCCUGAUCAUCGGCACCUGGAUCUGGGCUACUGUCCUACAGAAGCAGUUCUACGACCUACCGGAGCCCCCGGUGUUCGACUGGUUCACACCCGGCUUCAACAAGGCGUACGCGCUGAUCUUCUUCUGGACCUUCAGCGGCCAAGCCUUCCAACAAUUCCUCUACUGGCUGGUCGGCCAGUACAGCACCGACAUCUCAUCAUUAUCCUACCACUGCGGUAUCCUGCGUGGAUUCGAGGCCCUGGGACAGACCGUCGCAUGGGCCAUGCAGACCGAAGGCGGCGCCAACCACUUCGUCAGCAUCGGUCUCAACUUUGGAAUCACGAUUAUCGCGUUUGUCCCCACGUGGAUUGUUUUGUCGGAAUUGGAACACAGCCACGAGGUGCAGGUCACCGUGGAGGACGUCCCGUCCAAGAUAGUCGACGAGGCAACGGCUUAA